GUUGAAGCUAUUGAAUCACAUUUUUUUGUGUAAUUAUUUUAAACUUAGGAAAAUAAUCUUCAGUAUUUUUCUUCCUCCAGAUAAAGAUGUAUAAAGACAGAACCCUGAUCUGUAUGUCUUUGAUACUUUGUGGAUUAGUGACCGAAAGUUUUGGCUUAGUGAUCAUGCCUAAAGACAAGAGAGGUUGGACAUUGAACAGUGCUGGAUAUCUGUUAGGUCCACAUGCAGCGAAUGGUCACAGAUCACUGAAUGACAAAGGGGGUCUUGCUGGAAAGAGAGAUACCUUCGAUGACAAUUACAAAUCAGCUGUCACAAGUUCCAGUAAUCCACUCCAUUCAGUUGAUGAAAAUAUUCUUCAGACCCUGAUAGAAUUCCUGAGUUAUGUGCAUCAGAGAGAAUCUGGUUUACUGGAUCACUCCAAUGUACCACUCUCAGCAGAACAAAUGCAACAAGCAUAAGCUUUGGAUUUUGAAUCCUCGCAUGUAAAACUACAAAAGUUUUUGUUGGAAAAGAAACUGACCCCAUCCCAUUGUGAUUAUUUGCACGGAUUUAAAGGUUUGAGCUUUGUUUGUGAAAUGUC